CCCCGGCCGACAUUGGCACGGCCUAGACCCCUAAGUGAACGGACGGCCCCAUAUUGACCACUGGUAGCCCUCAAAGGAGAGGCCGUGCUCUCUUGCCAUGGCCCUGUCCGUCCACGGCAGGCCUCACUUUGAGAUCCAUGUUGAUCACCACGCCAGCGACACUGACAGCGCCCUUCAAGCCGCUUUCGCUUCUUCUCAAGUAGCUCCCUUGCAAAGCCUCUCGCCAGCGCAAUUGCAGAAUCGCCAUCGUGAUGUGCCUUCAGCUACCCACGACCCAGCUUGUUCAGACACGGCUCAUGUCAUAGCUUCAGACGAAACAGGCACUUUAGGUAGCGGGCAUCACUGCAGCAUCAAGCCUUCACGGCCUGGGAAACAGCAGCAGCACCGUAGGCCCAACCCAAGAUCGUCGAGUGCCCUGGAAACAGUCCCAGAGAACAAGUCAACAAGCUUCGGCGCGCCAGCAUUGGAGCUUGAACACGCAUAUCGGUGCCUUGAACUGCCAGCUCACCUGUUUCCUGGACAUCCUGUCCUCACUGCGACUGGCAACAUACCAUCUGCAGAGUCUCAGCGCCGGAAACAUCAGAACGGAGAUUUUGAAUGGGUUCUGGCCAUCAACCAGCCUCCUAAUCAAUCAGCCACAGAGCCAACAAGGGACCACGAUCGUCCCAGGAGGCUUUUGUUGGGCUGUAACUUAUACCCACAAGCCCAGAAGCCCAAGUCUGGCAUUUCGGAGCCGCAGCGAGUCUUACUGCUCGCGACGCCCUUGGAAGACCAGGAAAACAGUCUCGAGCACGUCAGCCUUGGUGCUGCUCAAGUGGCCGAGAUUAUGGCCGCCACAGACGCGGAGAACAAGUCGCUGGUAUCGUCGCCACUCCAGCAAAGUCAGGCACCGGGCCCGCCAAGGUUUAUCAUCACUGUCAGUGAUGCCGAGGAGAGCCAAGUUAAGGACACAAACGUCGAGGCCUCUGAGCCCGAUUCCGUCGCACGCAUCGAGGACUCAUUCGAGGCUCUCGACAAGUUAGAGGACCAGCUUGAAGCCUUUGACAAAGCAGCCAUCUUUAAAAGAGUCACAAUCUCGGAGCCACCGGCAAGCAAACCCACGGAACCAUUGACUACAACUCCGACAAGAGAUGUCCCUGCCUUAAAGCAUGGCUCAGCUUCAGUUAGGGUAAAGUCAGUCGCGAAAGCUGGCCAAGGUGGUCUUCGCAAGUCCGUGUCCAUGGUGUUUGAUUCUCCGAAAGUGAAGAAGGAGGAAAAGCCACUCAUUCAGAUCGCCUCCAAAGUCUCUCCGGCGCGCCCGCCGAACACCUUGGUAGCGUCAAAACCACUGGUCAAAUCAACGAAGCCGCUCACCAUCCCCUCCUUUGAGCUCCCUGGUGAAGCCACGGCUCGUCGCCUGAAGGAACAGCGUGAAGCUCGCACUGCAGCUCAAUUGGCUGAAGAGGAGGCGUUAAAAGCGUCUGCAAAAAGUGCCACGUUACGUCGUUCCAAAUCUGCGAGAUUGACCAGCCUACCGACUUUUGAGCUGCCGGGGGAGGCCAUAUCGCGACGGAAACGUGAAGAACGAGCACGGCAGCUGAAGGCACAAGAAGAGGAAGAGCGUAAGAGACGGGAGUUCAAAGCUAGGCCUGUCGGGCUCGCCACCGUGCCUACAUUUGUACCAAGGGACACUGCGGCAAGCCGUGCUCGUCAGCAAAUCAAGGGAGCAACCUCUGAGAAUGACUCUCUCCGCCCUAUCACACAGGUCAACGGCAAACGCAACUCGAUCGGGCUAGCCAUGUCCGCAAGAGGACCCCUGGAAGCGUCGAGUAAUCAAGGCACACCACGAGGACGUGCACUGUCGAGUGAAACGCGGCACAAUACUCGCGCAGUCUCACACGCAAGCUCAACUGGGAGCGUUGGACAUUCAAGCACGGUUUCAGCCGAGGAUAUCCAGCAACAGCGGCGCAAGGGUGAAGGCAUCUACCGUCGCGAUAGCUCUUAUGCCAAGGAUCGGGAGGUCGAGAAGCGGGAACGAGAAGAGCUGGCCAAAGCUGCACGGGCAGAGGCAGCCGAGCGUUCAAGGCUACAGAGCCGUGAGUGGGCACUCAAGCAGGCUCGCAAGCGUAUGACCAUCGGUUCUAUAAGGGAUCUUCAGGCCUGAAGCCAGUUCGAUGCUUGUUCGCGUAUUUAUGUUGGUGCUCUACAAGCCUUGUCACUUUCAACAGUUUUUUCUUUUGUUGGCAGGCGUUCAGAUCAGGGAGUUAGUAUUAUCUGUUUUCCAAAGCACGGCGGCCCUUCCCUUGUGGAGACACCAGCUUCCGGCACGAGUUUCGGUCGGUCGUUG